AUGUUUUACUCAGAAUCUUCACAAGACCAGCUUACUGCUCCAAAGAAAGAGGCCAGACGUGCCAGUCUUGAGAGUCAGCAGGUUGGCGGGGAAUUUACUGAAUUCCUCAAGACAAUAAAGAAGCCUGUAGCCCUGGAUGUUUCCAAGAAGGUCCGCAGCUUCAAUGAGAGGGUCCAGACUCUUACAGAAUAUUCAAUUGAAGAACUCUCUGAAAUGGUCCAGGACUUUUACCAGAGCAUGUCUGACCGCUUUCACUCGAAUCCACUUUACAGCAGCUGCAGCCCUGAAACAAUUGAGAGCCUCAUGGACUAUAUGGAGAAAUUCAUCAUGACUACCCUGUACCGCUCCGUUUUCUGCUCUCCCCACACAGAUGACGAAGAGAAAGAUUUGGCCAUACAGACACGCAUCCGAUCUCUGCAUUGGGUCUCUUCACAGAUGCUUGACAUGUCCAUUGCUGAACAUGAAAUGGGGGUCAGGCAGUUGAUUGACCAGGCUAUCACAGAUAUUAUAGAGAUGGAUGCAAAGCGAGCCCCACAGGACAAAUUAGCUUGUCUGGUCCGUUGCAGCAAGCAUAUAUUUGAAGUGUUACGGGCAUCAAAGGACAUUCCUGCAAGUGCAGAUGAAUUUCUUCCUGCCCUCAUUUACAUAGUGCUCAAGGCUAACCCACCCCUCUUGCAGUCCAAUAUUCAGUAUAUCACACGCUUUGCUAACCCCAGCCGAUUAAUGAGUGGAGAAGCUGGCUACUAUUUCACUAACCUUUGCUGUGCUGUUGCUUUUAUUGAGAACAUUACUGCCGACUCCCUAAGUCUAAAUCCUUUGGAAUUUGAACACUACAUGUCUGGAGAAGCAACUCCACCCUCACGUGGAAAUGAAUACAUGUGUGAGGGCAUGAGGCUGAUGUAUGAGAAUUUGCAGCGAGUGGCCGAAAUGCAGAAGCGACAUGACAAAGUGAUGGCCGAAGCGAUGCAACUACAACGUGAUGUGGAAGAAUUCAAAGAGAACUUCAAACUGGAAAUCCAGAAAGUCCUUGAACGAACACCCCUCGAGAUCAAGCCACGGAAAGUGAAAGUAGAAAUUGAUGAGGAGAGUGAAGAGACCAACAAGUUACCUCCCCCUCUUAUCCCAAUUCAGUCUCUAGUUGCUCCAACACCAGGAGGCACUAACCUGCCACCAUGUCAAGAACCAAUAAAUGCUACUCUCCCUUCACCAGUUUCAUCAGCACCUUCUACCAAUGUGAUGCCCGCAAGUGACAUUUUGGCUCCAACAGUAGUCAGUCUUCCCCCUGAAAAAAAUAUGCUUCCUUGA